GGCGAUGGCGCUGCGGAGCCCCGGGCGGCGGCGGGCGGCGAUGCCGGGAUAAGGCGGGCGGCCAUGGCGCAGGGAGCCGGCCCGGCGCUGCGGCUGUUCCUGGGGCUGCUGCAGCUCCUGGUGCUCCUGCAGCUCCUGGUGCUCCCCGCCGGUCACGGCAGCAGCACCGGCUCCGACUCCCUGUAUGUCUCCGAGUACUUCUCUCAGAGUGCACAGAAGUUGUCCUUCUACAGCUGGUAUGGGAAUGCCAAGGUCUUCCACUUCCACGUGCCAGAAGAUACUGUGCUGCUUCGCUGGCUUCUGCAAGCGUCCAGGGGGAAAGAACCGGAGUGUACCAGCAUGGAGGUCACAGUGCACUUUCGCUAUGGAGCCCCUCCUGUAAUUAAUCCUCUGGGCACUCGUUUUCCUGCAAAUGCGACUGUCCAUCCUUCCUAUAACAUAAGCAUCACUCUGAGCAGUGCUGUGCAAAACACCACUUUUGUGAACGUUACAAGCCCUGCUGCAGGAGACUGGUUCAUUGCUGCACAUCUCCCUGAGGCUGCUGGCAGAAUUGAAGUGAAGGGUUUCUCCACUCCCUGCACCUAUAUGUUUCAGGCAGAUAUGUUUGUGCUUAGACUCACUGAUAUGCCUGUUCUGGAGCCUGGUGUUGCCAUGCCACAAACUAUCAUCUCACCUGCUAAGCCUCUGCAUGUCAAGGUCUUUGUUCCCAAGUACACCGCCAGGAUGUGGUUUGAGCUGCGAAGCUGCAUGACAAGUGAGCAGAAAGCAUGCACUGUGCGGGUAGUGCUGGGCUCAAUCACUCUGCCACAGUCCUUUCAGAGGAUCAUCACCUGUACAGGGAAUGUAAACUGCAGCCUGGGCCUGGAUUCACUCCCCUGGGAGAAGUGGUUGCAGAUCACGGUGGAGAGUCUUGGCACUGCCAAUGCCAGUGUGUCCAUGGAGAUGCUGACUUCUUUCGCAGACUGUAGGCCGGGAAGUACCAGUUCAUUUCUUAACUUCAGCCUAAACCAGAGCCAAGCUGGUUCUGGACCAGGUAGCACAGGAACAGGAGGGAGCCCCACUCAGUCUACAGGAACGGCGUUACGCAAUGCAUCUGACCAGAGGAGCUUCUGUCUCCAGAAUCAGCCUGUUGUUCGGGAGGACCUGGACGUGGUGUCUGUGCGGUACAGGCUCCUGAAUGGUCCAACUGUGCCCGUGUACUCCAUCUCCUCAACCCUCCUUCUCCUCAACUUGAACACUGGCAUGGACAGCGGGGGUUCCUUUGUGGUGAAUCUCCUGCUUAACAAGACGUCUCUGAGCCAGGCCAAUGCCACUGUGGUAGCAUGUCUGAGUGCUGCUUCGCCGGUGCUGUCCCUCAAUACCACGCGGAAGUGCAGUACAGCUUUUUUCCAGGGCUACCCUCUGAGUGUGAGUACGUCCUCUGCAGAAGCGAUGGUGAUUGUCCUGUAUCCCCAGACAGAUGACUGGUUCCUUUCCUUGCAGCUCAUCUGCCCAAAGGGCCAGGGUGAAUGUAACACCGCAGAAGCCAAAGUGACCAUCAUAGCAUACCUCACCCCCUGCUUCAAUGACUGUGGGCCAUAUGGACAGUGCAGUCUACUGAGAAGACAUGGCUACCUCUAUGCGGGCUGCAGCUGUAAAGCUGGUUGGAGCGGGUGGAGCUGCACGGACGACACCAAGGCCCAGUCUGUUGGUGCGCAGAACCUGGCCACCCUCCUGCUCACGCUGAGUAACCUCAUGUUCCUGCCAGCAAUAGCAGUUGCUGUCUAUCGCUACUACCUGGUGGAGGCCUCUGUCUACACCUACACCAUGUUCUUCUCCACGUUCUACCACGCAUGUGACCAGCCAGGCGUUGCUGUGAUGUGCAUUAUGGACUAUGACACACUACAGUACUGUGACUUCUUGGGCUCUGUGGUGUCCAUCUGGGUGACAAUCCUGUGCAUGUCUCGGGUAAAGAAGAUUCUGAAAUACGUCCUUUUCGUCUUGGGGACCCUGUUAAUUGCCAUGUCCCUGCAGCUGGACCGCAGAGGGGUGUGGAACAUGAUGGGUCCCUGCCUCUUUGCCCUCGUCAUCAUGAUUGCAGCAUGGGUUUACCACGGAGUAAAGCGCAGACACUGCUACCCCUCCUCAUGGAAGCGCUGGGUUUUCUACCUCCUACCAGGGAUCACCUUGGCUUUCAUCGCCAUCUCAGUAUAUGCAUUCAUGGAAACCAAUGAGAACUAUUACUAUACCCACAGCAUCUGGCACGUGCUGGUGGCUGGCAGUGUUGCUUUCCUGCUUCCGCCUCGGGACAAGCAUAAGAAGCCCUGGGCUUGGUCACAGAAGCUCACUUGUCGCUAUCAGAUCUGCCAGAAUGACCGUGAGGAGCUCUAUGCUGUCACCUGAACUGCUUGUCGCCAGGUCACAGAGGUGAAGGGUUGGGAAAGUUGCUCUUUGCCAGGCCAGCCUGGGCUGCCCCUCUGUAGCACGUCGGCAAUCUUGUUAUGUGCUCAUUCACUGGCUGGGACAGCACAGUAGCUGGACUGGGUUUAAACAUGAAGACAGUGGGCUUGUCUUUUGAAGGCAAGUUUGAGAUUCCCUACACUUUUCUGCUGGGAUGGGGCAGGCUGUUUUGGCUCUAAAUUGAGGAAUAGUCUCCCCACCAUCUCCAUGGCCUUGGGGGAAAUUGUCAACUCUUAUUCCCCUCCUACCCGAUCCAUGAGGAUUGGGCUCAGCCCACGCUGCACUGGAGCCACAGGCUGCUGUGCUUUUCCCUGGGCUCACUCUCUUAGCAGAGGGCUGUGGGACAGGGAUUUCCCAUGCCAUCUUGCAAUCAACAUUUCUUUUGUCAAGAGAAGAACAGAUUUCUUCUGCGCUUGACCUGGAGGCAAAUGCGUUUGAGUGCCCUUGGUGCUGAGGGUGGGGAGGGAGGUAGCUGAUUUCAGCACAUGCUGGGGCCUUGGUUGCUGUCUCCCAUGUGGGUCUGGAGCCCUCUCUUUGUGAAACAGGUGGUGCUGCUCUUAUGUAGGCUGGUUUCUGGAGACGAUGAAUGAGACCUGAAUUUGGGCCCUGGAUUCAGGAUCAGACUUGUCAGGAACGUGGAAAAAAAUGUGCGCAAGAGGCAUCAGUAGCGUCUGCCUGAUAACUCUGAAACUCACAGCUGUGCAGGGUUUAGUCUAAAUUUUCCUUUGUCCCUCUUGGUUCAUCCAGAAGGAACUAGGCUGCUGUAAUGUUCCCCUUCCUCUCGUUGUGUUCAGGUAUUUACUGUCUGACUUCCUUUUGUGGGUUCAGCUGCUCUGCCCAGCCAACAUAGGUGGCAGAAUCUCUCAGGACUCCAUCAAGGUUGGUGAUGUGCUAUGGCAUUUCACUUGCAAGUUAAGUUAGUAACACUACCCCCAACUCCCGCGCCUUUGGGCAGCAACAGUUUGCUCUGUGUCUGUGUUUGGUUGGGAUCAACGUGAGCAGAGCUGGAAUCCAGGGCCCUAGCGCAACUCCAGCCUCAAGGCAUGCCCCAGUCUUGCAAUAAUCUGAGCACAGUAUGGCCUUAUGGCAAGCUUGUUAACGUGUGCUUCAAACCUACUCCGCACUCAGCACCUUUCCUGUGCUUUGUGUACAGCACCACAUCGGAGCUGUGCAAGGCCUGUGCUCAACCUGCUGUGGCUCUGAGGCUGGAUGUGCUGUGGAGUCACGGAUGGUCUGAGGCUGUUGGGACUGUCCCAGUCUAGCCAAGAGCAUCUCCCUGGGCUCCCAAGAUGGUUGUGGUCUCCUUGGGAGCAUCUGUCUUGCUUUAGCCUUACUGGAGGGCACUUGGACAUCGGAAAGCAAGGACAGAAACACAGAAUUGGCAACCAGGAAAGUAGUCUUUGCCCAUCCUUAUUAUGUAGAUAAGGGCUCAAAUAAAUGGUUCCCUGCCUGUUUAUUCCAAUUGUGGCGGAUGGCUAAGGAAGAACAGCUUUGGCCACUAUAGAGCUCUCCUUCCUAUGCUAGAGACACUAAUGUUCCACAUCCAGCCAUGUGCUUUUGGUACAGCCUUUGGUUCAAUUCUAUGUGCAAGCUGGCUAAUUUCCACAAAAUUGUGGUCCCAGUAAUUGGUGCACAUCCUCCUCCUCUGGGAUCAAAAUGAUGGCAAACACUAUGUGUGUGGCAUUAAGGUGACAGCUGACACAAGCAUUUUGGUGCUCCUUUCUAGUGUGCACGCUGCUCAGAGCUGGUCUGCAGAGUCAGACCUCUUCCUUUUGGAAGGAAAGAGCUAUUAAUGAAGGACGAUGCUUCCUAGUUUAUAGGAAUCAGGGUUAUUUCUUUGCCUUGAAAAAUGUCCAGCGUUUUCCUCAGCUCUGUACUUUAACCUCUUCUCAUUGCUAACCUAGUCUCUGCCUAAUUAAUCUGCCUGUUAAUCCAACCUCUACCUUUGCACUGGAGGAGGGAUAACCCCAGGCGGCAUGACGUACUAGAGGCCACCCAGCUGGAAAGCAGCUUGGCAGAAAAGGUACUAAGAGUCCUGGUAGACACCAAGUAGAACAAGAGUCAGCACUGUGCCCUUGCUGCAAGGAAGACUAAUGGUACCCUUGGCUGCAUCAGGGAAAGUACUGCCAGCAGGUCAAGGGAGGUGAUCCUUCCCCUCUGUCUAGCUUUGGUGAGGCCACAGCUGGAGUGCUGUGUCCAGUUCUGGGCCCACCAGUACAAGAGAGACCCGGACAUACUGGGAGAAGUCAAAUGUAGGGCCACAGGGAUGAUGAAGGGACUGGAGCACCUCUCCUGUGAGGAAAGAACUGGGACUGCUCAGCCUGGAGAAGAAGAGGCUCAGGGGGAUCUCACCGAUGCCUACAAAUCCCUGAAGGCAGGGUGCACAGAGGAUGGAGCCAGGCCCUGCUCAGCGGUGCCCAGGGCCAGGCCCAGAGGCAGUGGGCACAAACUGGAGGAGGCUCCCUCUGAGCACCAGGAGGCAUUUCUGUGCUGUGCGGGUGUCGGAGCCCUGGCCCGGGUUGCCCACAGAGGCUGUGGAGUCUCCUCCUUAGAGAUCUCCCAAAGCCACCUGGACACAGGCCUGGGCCCCCUACUCAGGGUGGCCCUGUGGGGGAGCAGAUGGGCCCAGGGGGCCUCUGGCCUCAGCCAUGCUGUGAAAUUGAAGUUUUUCCUUAGUGCCAGCCUGCAGGGGCUCAAGGACACAUCUCACACAUCUCCUUCACCUUCUGCCACUCAUACAGGAAAAAAGGCGAGCAGGCAGCAGUGGCCCACACUUAACUGCAGGCUCAUUCUCCUAUGUGUUCCUGCCCGUCACCUGGGGCCGUCGAAUGGCCCAGACCCGUCCCUGCUCUCCCUCAGGGCACAAAGAUGAGCUCUCCGUGUUGAGGAGGUCGCAGCCACUCGCCCUGUCCCUGCAUUUUGUUUCACAGCUUUCGGCCGGGGCCGGGAUGCCAGCAGCGUGGCUCUCACCCUCGGUUUUAUCCCUUGGGGGUGGAGGGUUUAGUGCGCUCCACGCUUCCUCCCAAUUUUACUGCUUUUAGGCACUUUUUGCCCUCUCAGCGUGUUGUGGGCUGAGCACAUGGGUGGGCAGCAGCCGCACCUUCACAGCCGUGGCCUCCACGCCUUGCUGCCGUGCUAGCCAGGGUGCUGCCUCAACUUGUUAAAGCAAUAAUUCCUCAUCAGGCCUUUUCCUUUAUGGCUUUCAAUGCUGUGAAGCUUCAGGUGAAGAAGCGCCUGAAACUCCGUUGUUGUUGUCCGAUCGCUGAAGUUCUGCCCUCGCUCCCUGUGUCGCUUUGGGUCAUGACGCAGAACUGUGCUGUGGGCCUGGGUGAAGGGCGUUUUGUUAGUUAUUAAUUAUUAAUUUUUAUUAUUAUAAUUAUUAAUUUUUGUUAAUUAUUUCGGGUAAAAUCCGAGGAAAUCCCUGCGUCUGAAUGAAACGGUUAUUUGUUUUCCUUUGCUGUUCAUACCCGUGAUUAUUUUAUACGGCCGAUUUUAAAGCUUCCGAUUUUAUAACUUAAUAAACGGAGAGGUGUUUAAUAAACG